CACACACACACACACACACACACACACACACACACACACUGUUAUGCACCUGACGCUAAGAGGCGGAAGUCGGGUAACAUGGCUCUGCGAGCUUUUGUUUUGAAAGGAUUGACCGGAAACACCUAAAUAAGUUUCCGCUAGCUUCAUGCUAAUCGUCUUUUUUCUGUACCCGGCUCCGUUUUCUGUGGAUAAGGUCAGAACUGAACGAACCGGUCCGGUACCGCGGGACACUUGCAGAGAACUUGGACCCGUUAUGAAUCCGGUACUGGUUUAAGCUGUAACUGGACCGGGUCAGCAGCACACAGAACCAGCGAGGCGGGCAGCAGGAAGUUAGCCUGUUAGCUCCGGGGCUGACCCAGCAGAAUAAUGGAUCUGUUCGACGACCUGCCGGAACCGACACAGACCUCAGCUCCGCCCCCAUCAUCUGUCCCCGCCCACACCGCCAUCGAUGAAGAGGAGGACAGAGGGCUGAAACGAAGGCGAGGCGAUGAAGAGGAGGAGGAGGAGGAGGAGCUCAAGAAAGUUUGUAGAGAAGGUCUCGUGUCUCCUAUUUUGCUGUGUUUGAUGGACAUGGUGGUGCUCGAGCGUCUCGGUACGCUGCCGAGCAUCUUCACCUCAACCUGGCCAAGAAGUUCCCCUCAGGACACACUGAAAAUGGGGACAGGCUGAUUAAGAAGUGUUUGUUGGACACUUUCCGGCAGACGGACGAAGACUUCCUGAAGAAGGCGUCCAGCCAGAAGCCGGCGUGGAAGGACGGCUCUACGGCCACGUGUGUCCUGCUGGUGGACGACAUGGUCUACGUGGCCAACCUGGGGGACAGCAGGGCUGUAAUGUGUAGGACGGAGACAGCAGAGGACGGACAGAAGAAGACGGUGACUCUGGCUCUCAGUAAGGAACACAACCCCACCAUCUACGAGGAGCGCAUGAGGAUCCAGAGAGCCGGAGGGACCGUCAGGGACGGCCGGGUGCUCGGUGUCCUGGAGGUGUCCCGGUCCAUUGGAGACGGUCAGUACAAACGCUGCGGAGUCAUUUCAACGCCGGACAUCAGGAGGUGUCAGCUGACGUCCAACGACAGCUUCAUCAUUCUGGCCUGUGACGGUUUGUUCAAAGUCUUCUCAGCAGAUGAAGCUGUGAAGUUUGUCCUCAGCGUCCUCCAGGAGGGGGUCAUGGACCAGAAGGCCGGUCUGACGGAGCAGGAGGUGCGCUUUGAAGCAGCCUGUCAGCAGCUGGCCAGUGAGGCUGUGAGACGAGGCUGCGCCGACAAUGUGACUGUCAUCCUGCUUUCUAUUGGCUGCUGAGACCCCGCCCCCAACCACCAUCACCAUCAUCAUCAUCAUCAUCAGAACCACCACCAUCAUCAUCAUCACCACCACCAUCAUCAUCAUCAUCA